UUCAGCCUGCAACCUGUCAAGGUGGGUGUGUCCCGAUACUUCGAAGGUUUGAUGACACGGAGCCGGCUGCCUCACACGCAGAGUAGAUAGCCAUGGGGAAGACAGGUGGAAGAGGCGACUUUGAAUGGGUCUACACUGACCAGCCGCACACUUCAAGAAGAAAGGAAAUUCUGGCCAAAUAUCCACAGAUCAAGUCUCUGAUGGGUCCAGAUCCCCAGUUGAAGUGGGUGGUAUCGGGCAUGGUCCUAACCCAAUUCCUGGCCUGCUUCCUGGUCCACGACCUCUCCUGGAAAUGGAUCUUCUUCUGGGCCUAUGCAUUUGGAGGCUGUAUUAAUCACUCCCUGACUCUGGCUAUCCACGACAUCUCCCACAACGUGGCUUUUGGUAACAAGCUGGCGAAGUGGAACCGCUGGUUCGCCAUGUGGGCCAACCUACCCAUCGGGCUGCCCUACUCUGCCGCCUUCAAAAAGUACCACAUCGACCACCACCGGUAUCUUGGAGGGGACCAGCUUGAUGUUGACAUACCUACAGACUUUGAGGGAUGGUUCUUCUGCACCCCAGCCAGGAAGAUCCUCUGGCUCUUCCUCCAGCCAUUAUUCUACGCCCUGCGCCCAUUAGUGGUCAACCCAAAGCCAGUGGGUCGGCUUGAGAUCCAGAAUGCAAUGGUUCAGCUUGUAGUAGACCUAAUUAUCUACUAUUUAUGGGGGGUGAAGCCCAUCGUUUACCUCAUUGCAGGAUCUAUCUUGGGUAUGGGACUGCAUCCGAUCUCUGGACAUUUCAUAGCUGAGCACUACAUGUUCCUUAAAGGCCACGAGACGUAUUCCUACUAUGGAGCGUUGAACUUGAUUACCUUCAAUGUUGGGUAUCACAUGGAGCACCACGACUUUCCCAGCAUACCUGGCAGUAAACUACCUCAGGUCAAGGAAAUCGCAGCCGAGUAUUACGACUCCCUGCCUCAACACACUUCCUGGAGCCGUGUAUUGUGGGACUUUGUGUUUGACGACAGCAUCGGGCCCUAUUCCAGAAUCAAACGGGAGUACAAGCUGAGCAAACAGGAAUAAAUCUCUGAUUGAUUGAUUGAUCUGCUAAGCAAGAAUGUGAAUUGUAGUUGUCAGACGUCGACUAACCACAACAAAAAGUCGGCAUGCUCUCUAGUUUUGUCGCAUAGUGUGGAUGUUACCAUACAUAAGCCCAAUAACGUUUGACAUUGUUAUCUAAUCAGUGCUGCACUCGUGUUACUAUAAGGCAAUGUGCACACUUCAGCUGCAUAUUUUACACAAAUGAGAUUUCACCUCAUAUGACUGGAUGUUAUUUAUUCAUGCUUGUAUUCCUGCUAUAAAAAGACAGCCAGUGUCAUUGUGCAAUGUGGAAAUCUACUUGUACCCAUAAAGCACAAAGAAGAAUUGCGGAAAAAAGAAGGUAAAAUUUUUCUUAUCUGUGACUGAAGGCGACAUAAACCCAUAACUUCGGGAUAAAGGUCACAUACAUUCUCAUGUGGUUUUACGGAGCUGUCACUACCCCAUGCCGUUUAGUUUUCCUGAUUGUAAGCGUUCGUCAAGCCUCGUGAGAGUUUCUGCAGAAGCGCAAUCGCUUAGAUUAGCAGCUGCACAUCCGUCAUGCAGAACAAUGCUGAAGUGGAAAAUGAGCAUUGAAACUUACCUUCCAGUAAGAGGAGCCUUUUCUUCUGUGAUGCCUCGUUCUGCUUGGUUGCAGCUGCAUCGCCAUACAAGGAUUGUAUCUCAGAGUGUUAGGCUUGUUAAAUGACCAUACUGGUGUUUCUUCAGGUUGGACACAUGUUCAUGAAGUAUUCAUUUACAUCGGUGUUGCUAAGGCGCCUCUUAUGACCACUCUUUGAUCAUACAGUUUUUCUGUUUUUGGAUUUAGUGUUUGCCAUUUUAAAUUAUUUUCUAGUGACACACUAACUCAUAUAAAGAAUAAAAUACCAGCCUGUGAAAUCACAAGAAGCACGGGGGGGGAAAAAAAGAAAGCAUCUACAAGAAUCACAAGCCACCACAAACGGUAAAUUACAAGCAUGGCUACU